UAAAAGGGAGCGGAAUACCGGAAUGCUCUUCACGGGCCGUGAGAAUCACGCGCCACCUGGUAAUUUUGAUUUUUUUUUUCUUUUUUUUUUAUUUAAUUUUUCCUGUUCUCAGCCUAUUUACUGUCGCAACCUGGACCUCCAACAACAGCUCGCGUCGCUCCAAAACCUCUCUCUCUCUCUAGAUCUGAUCGUUGAUUCUCCGAUCGGAGGUUGCAUGAUCGCCGGCGAUGGCCUCGGCUUGCGUUAACAACGUCGGAGUUUCUCCGGAGUUCCCAGCCUGCGGGUGGUUCAAUCCUAGAGCUUCCUUAAGCGGCGGCGAAGAUGCUCGGAGCUCCGCAGAUGGACUGGAGAUGGAGGUGUCAAAGAAGACGGUGGAGGAACUGCAAGAAUCCGCCGGAGAUUUCGAGUUCCGGCUUGAAGACCCGGUGACGAUUCUCCCCGCCGACGAGUUGUUCUCCGACGGGAAGUUUGUACCCUUGCAGCUCCCGUGGUCCUGCUCGAAGCAGCAGCAGCCGUCGAAUGCGAUGAGGUCGCCGGAGAACGAGAAAUUCCGAAGUAUGGAGGUGUCCGGUACGGAUCAUUGCUUGUUUUCCCCAAAGGCGCCUCGGUGCUCGGGCAGGUGGAGAGAGAUUCUGGGGCUGAAGCGAUUCUGUCAGAACAGCAAAACGACGUCGUCGGUGUCGUCGUCUUCGUCGUUACCUUCGAACGCGAGAUCGUCUUCUUCGUCUCUGAGGCAAUUCCUUCACCGGAGCUCCAGAUCGUCCUCAGGAUCUUCCGACGACGCUUCGUCCCUCAGUCUCCCUCUGUUGAAGGACUCCGACUGUGAAUCGCUCUCCAUCUCCUCGUCACGUCUCUCCCUCUCGUCUUCCUCCUCCGGCCACGAACAUGAAGACCUCCCAAGGCUAUCUCUCGAUGCGGAGAGACCGAAUCAUCACAACAUGAACCUAAAUCCGAAUCUGAGCCCGAAUCCGUUCGCUCCAGCUCGAAGCCUACACCCGAAUCCCCCGCAAAUGAGGCUGCUGAAGCCACGAGACGGCAACCACGCCGUGACUGGAGUCGGAAGAGUGGGUCGGAGCCCGAUGCGGUGUUCGACGGGGGAAACAUCGGGAACAGUGAUGAGCAGAGCAGUGUCCGUGGACAGUCCGCGGCUAAACUCGUCGGGAAAGAUCGUGUUUCAGAGCCUGGAACGGAGCUCAAGCAGCCCAAGCAGCUUCAAUGGCGGAACGAGCGGGUACAGACACAGACCUUCAACGGAGAGAUUCUACAGCGCAAACGUGAGAGUGACUCCGGUCCUCAACGUCCCCGUCUGCUCCCUCCGUCAGUUCUUCUCCUCGUCUUCUUCUGCUAAUUCCUCGCAGCAGCAUCACAGAAAUGGCGGCAACAGCAGAGCAUCUCACCACCAUCAUCAGCAUCAGCAUGGCAUUGUCAAGAACCGUAACUCCACAGAUCGUCUCUAACCUGAGAGGAUUCAGCAUAAAAGACCCGGUAACAGUUUCUCGACGCUAAUUUCCAAAUUUUCUUUCUAAGAUUUCCAGAUUUGUAAAUACAGAAUCAACGCAUUUUUCCAAACCUUAGAGAGGGAGAGAGAAAGAGUAGUGGCAUAUCAAAUCUAGGGUUGUUCUAGGGUUCGUUCCUGUGGGCACGAUGGAGAUAUCAGAUAUGUUUCUUUCAUGACCCGGGGAGGAGACUGCGAAAGACGAUGGAAUCUGAAUUCUCCUCCUGUAUGAGCGAGUGGACUUCACGCGCGUGGGGAGUGCGUGCGGGGAGUAGUGAACAGAUACUUUUCUCUCUCUAUGGAUCUCAUGGAUUGCGCGCGCGCUCCCCCAAGUGAAAGUUUUUAUCUAAUCUGUCUCUUUCAUGUGAACCCUUCAUAUUUUUCAUGUUUUUUUAAUUUUAAUUCGAAAUGUCCUUUUUGAUAUAGAUUUUGUCGUUUACUGAGUUUCGGGAAAGACGCCUUACUUUCAGACAA